AUACUAGUGGGCGUGACCUGUCCUCCAAUCCAACCACAUGCUAAACAUGAAUAAACUCUAACAAGCAUAUUAUUAUAGCAAAAUCUAGUCUGCCCUAAGUGAGUGUUGCAAGCUACUGUACCAGUGAUGCCUGGAAGCAUUGAGUGCGGGAUACCCGUCCGUCAGUUGCGUGGCUAUGUGUGUAUGGUGACCUUCACUUGCUUCUUCCUCUACCUACUGUCUGGAGUGUAUCAUGUUCCCUCGGCCUCACCAGCCUCAGGGAGACUGGGUAGACAGCUGUUGAGCACUCCCAGUGAUGAGGAGGGAGGCAAUGCCAGCAAUGACAGCUGCAAUGAUAAUGGGCUGAUUAUGGAGGACCUACCUGUGGACCUUGCCUCAGCACAUUGUUCGGACCUUCACGAUCUUAGUAGCAACUCUUCAGCGUGUGUGUUUGUGACGUGUGUGGAGAGCUGUGGCUCUGAAGAGGGUAUCAUUGACUAUCUCAACUUCAUUUAUUGUCAAAUGCCCUUCAACCUCAUACCCCUCGCCAUGGUGAUAUUGUUUGUUUGGCUGAUAUUCCUGUUUGUGGUGUUGGGAGCUACAGCAGAGGAAUAUUUUUGUCCUGCCCUCACGGUGAUGUCACAAGUGUUGCGACUCAACCAGAACAUAGCUGGAGUGACAUUGCUGGCGUUUGGUAAUGGAGCUCCUGAUAUAUUCAGCGCCAUCUCUGCCAUCAACCAACCAGAUGAUGAGAAGGCCAGCCUUGCUGUGGGAGCACUCUUUGGUGCUGGUAUCUUUGUGACUACGGUGGUGGUUGGAGCUGUCACCAUCACUAAGCCCUUCUCACUAACCCAGCGACCAUUCUUGCGUGACAUCAUCUUCUACAUGUCAGCCGUGUUCUGGACCUUUUAUCUGCUCUGGACCAACUAUGUCAGCAUAUUUCAUGCGGUUGGGUUCAUCUCUAUGUACAUAGUGUACGUUGUCGUGGUGAUAGUGGGUCGGUUCUCCUACCAACGCUACAAGAAAUGGAGAAAUAUUAAACGAGCUGGCACUGGGGAUAUUCCAACUGCCCCCGCACUACCUGAGGGCAAGGAGCUGGAUUCCUCUAGUGCUAGUGCAAAGCGAUCAACUAGUAUGUUCUCACACCUCCCCUCCCCGGACAUUGGCGGCUCUAUACAAACAUCCAGCGAGGACGUAGAGGAGAUAAAGAGAGAAAGAGACGAUCCAAAGAACUUUCAGAUACCCAGUCUCAGUGUGUCCGAGUCCUCAGGGGUCAUAGGUCACGGCAUUCAGAUUCAAGUAAUUGAUGAAGACGAUGAAGAGGAGGAAAUAAACGAAAACACAAAACUUCUUAUUCGGCCCGGCAAAGCUCGUGAGAGGGACAUGACGGGAAGUUUACCCUCUGGGUUCCACGCUGGAGGGGAGAGCUUAGCCCCACCCACUUCUCGUAGACGAGGGGCGUCUGUUGAAGCUCCAACUGAUGAGUACUCGUAUGGUGCAGUUGUUAGGCCAGCAGCAUAUGGUCGACCAAAGAAGAUGAGGAAGACACUAUCAGGUGCUCUGGAUAUAACGGAGGAGGUGGGUGCGGCUGUGGGGAUACCUCACUUGUCUCAGGUGUGGGAGGAGGUCCAUCGCAGUCACAGCAGAUCCAGGAGCGCCAGCAUGUUGAGUGAACGGCCAGAAGAGACAGAGAAGGAACCAUUACUGGCAGAGGACUCUUCUGACGAGGACGAGCAGAACCCUCUUGUUAAUCUCAAGAUAAGAAGACGUCAUCCAUUUAUCAAGAUGCUACUAGCCCUCUGGCCAUUCGGGGAGUCGUUCAAAGAGUUGGGUAUCCUGGGAAAGAUUUAUGAGGUCUUCAAGAGUCCAGCCAGUUUCUUCCUAUCCCUGACGGUGCCAAUGGUGGAUAGGAACGAGGACGACCACAACUGGAACAAGUGGCUCAACGUGGUGCACUGUGUCACCUCUCCAAUGUUUGUCAUCCUCAUCAUCAAAUAUCGCUUCUACCUGAUUGGCGAUGUAUUCCCUGUGGCAGGAAUAGUGCUGGUCUUCAGUCUCAUCUGUGCAAUUAUUGUUGCUCUCACUUCAAAGAACGAGAAGCCUCCAAUUUACCACUGUAUAUAUGCGUGGGUGGGGUUUGUUGUUGCCGUGGUGUGGAUAUACAGCACAGUGAAUGAGAUUGUCAAUCUUCUACAGGCAUUUGGCCUUGUGGUACAUCUCUCCGAGGGUAUACUGGGACUCACACUAUUAGCCUGGGGCAAUAGCAUCGGAGACGCAGUGUCCAAUGUAACGAUGGCCAAACAAGGGUUUCCACGCAUGGCUAUUGGAGCAUGCUUUGGAGGACCUCUACUGAACAUUCUCCUUGGUAUUGGGUUAGGCUCUAUCAUCAAAUCUCUAGGUCGUGAGGGGUUCGCCUUCAAGUUGUACUUCACCCAAGUGGAGCUGCUAGCGUCUCUAUUCUUGCUGCUCAGUUUAUCCUGUUCUCUGGUUGUCCUCUUCAUCCUAAAGUUUAGACUCAAACGAGCAUACGGAGUGUUCCUCAUACUCAUUUAUGUCACGUUUUUAACUGUGGCCAUUUUGGCCGAGGCUAAGGUGUUUCAGAUUGUCAUACCUGGAGUCAUCACUGUUGCCUAGAGUAGACUAGCACUGUGUUGUUACUUGUGUGUGUUUGUUUUUAUGUUUUGUGUGCGAAUUCUGAUUGCAAAAUA